UAUUACACUUAAACGUCGCAACCACACUCAGAAACACACGCUCUCCGGACCAUUUUCACGCAUGCCCAAAACAAAGAUGGAGGCGUCUGACCAUGAUUACAGUUACCCUCUCGCCAAUGCUGAGGCUGAACACCAACAACUCCAUAUAACAGUUCAGAUGGGGCGUUCACUGCCGUCUGUGAAAAAGUGUAUCUGCUGUCCAUCUCCACAGUAUCACUGUCCAUUUUGCGGGCCAGGAUUUUUUAAGCCCACAAAACUGUCAAAGGUCAAGAUCCAUAUGGACGGUCAUUUUAAUAAAGCGGUUUCCUAUAUAGAUUACACCAUUCAUAGAUGUGGACUCAGCUGCAGGAAACGGCAACACUUUCACUGCUUGUACUGCACGGCUACUGUACUCAGGAAAAGAGACCUUAAAGUCCAUCUUUCAUUCUGCCACAUGAAACACACCCGAACAACGUCUGUUCAGACAUCAGACUCUUCAGCGCCGGCACAGGACCUAAACCCCACGUGGUCUGACCGAGACUCAAGACCUACACAGUCUAGACUUGCUUACUGCACAAAGUUAGAGUGCAGUAACUCUUCAUGGCUUAACAACACUCUCCUCUGUACCACGCUCCGGGACGCUGUAGUUCACACACGCUCAGAGAAACCCUCCGAGCCUGAGUCUCUUCACUCCCCAGACCUUGUUGGUUCAUGUGUGAAAGAGAAUAAAAUAAAGAUGGCCAAAGACCAUGACUGUGGUUCCAACCUUGCUGAGGCUGAACCAAAGGAGAACAAACUCCAUAAUACAAUUCAGACGGGGCGUUCACUGCCCUUCGUGAAAAAGUGUCGCUGCUGCCCAUCUCCGCAGUAUCACUGUCCGUUUUGUGGUCUAGAAUAUUUUAAACCCACAAAACUAUCAAAGCUCAAGAUCCAUUUGAGUGGACAUAUUAAAAAAGCAAUUCUCCAUGGAGAUUACACCAUUUAUAGAUGUGGACUCAGUUGCAGGAAGCAGCAACACUUUCACUGUUUGUAUUGUACGGCUACGGUACUCAGGAAAAGAGACCUGAAUGUCCAUCUUUCAUGCCACAUAAAACAUACAGGAACUUCUCCAGCUUCUGACCAGAGCGUAAACUCUUUUUUUGAGAUGCCCACCCAAACCCUGACCCUACCUCCUCUGCCCAGACACAAAGUCCUGUAACGUCUGUCCUGAGCCCAAACCCAACAUCACUUCCCCCCAACCCCAACAAACUAGCUUGUAGCACUAAGUUAGAGGAAGUACUGCCUUUAAGACCAGAUCAAACUGACUCGUAUAGCCUUCCUCAGAACCCUAUAGUUCAAACGUGUCAAACAACUUUCUGUGGUAAAACCUCGCUGCUCUCCAGAUAGUGGUGGUACACGUGUUAGGGAGAAUCAAAUGAAGACGGAGGCUCAGGACCAUGAUGGUUACAACGUUGGUGAGCAAUCAUUGAGGAAAACAAAGUGAGUUUUCUUUGGUUUUUGUUGGUUUUUUUAUUAAUAUAGUUUUGCUUUAAUUAUGAAGCUUCUUUUAAUUGUGCUGUUGAGAGGAGUGUCUUACCAGGACGCGUUAGCUAAACACUAAUGGGAAAACAUUAGUGGUUAACUGAUGUUUACCAUUGUAAAUGGCGAACAGUGGGGGCAGCCGUGGAUUUUCAAACUAUGCGCUUGUGCUGACAUAACUACUAUAGGAUCUGUGAGACUCUGGAACUUAGUAGAACGCAUAAUUUUUUUUUCGUUUGAUCAAGUAAAAUCAGAACACUGAUUAGCUUCAUGUUAAAAAAAAAAAAAAGAUAUUGAAAAGUCAAGAAGAUGCCACUUAUCUCACAUUGUGCUGCCUUGGGAUCAGUUCCAAACCGUCCUGUUGGUGAGAAGGAAUGAACCGUGGCAGGUCACCUCCUCAUCGUAGUUGAAAUUAAUCAGAUUCCCUGUUCCAUCUUCCUCUAGCUUCCUCUAGCUCCAUGUAACAGCUCAGACGGGGCGUUCAGUGCCAUCUUUGAAAAAGUGUCACUGCAGUCCAUCUGCACAGUAUCACUGUUCAUUCUGUGAGCGACGAUUUUUUUUAAAACCACAAAACUGUUUUUUUUUUCCAUAUCUAGGGUAUAUUAUGCAUGUGUUUAUAUGGUCAAUAAAGAAAAUGUAAAUGAUUUACAUUGAUUUUUAGUAAAAAGAAAGAUCAGCCUUUGUAUUGUAGUUUUUUUUGUAUUUAUAUAUGUUGUAAUUUUUACAUGGUGAAUACUGAAUAUGACUAUUGAAUUUCAGCUUUGAUAUUUCAGAUCACACCAUUCGUAUAUGUGGACUCGGUUGCAUGAAAUAGCAACUGCACAGCUACAAUACUCAGGAAAAGACACCUUAAAGUCCACCUUUUAUUCUGCCACAUAAAACACACAAGAACUCUGUCGGAUCGGGACCCAAGCUCUUUUUCUUCAGCCAAGGAUGUAAGUUUUGAGCCUAUUGAAAAAGGCCUUAUCCCCAGAGCCAUUGCCCAGACCUCACGCCUUAUAUGACUCAGAGCAGAAUCCCUGUAAAACCCCCCCAGGGACCCAGCAUUAUAUUUUCUCCAUAGUUCAAGCCCUACGUUGCUUUUCCUGGUCCAAGCCUUAUCAGUUUCCCAACUAUCAUGAAGUUAAAGAAAGAUCCACCUGUACAAAUAACCAAAACCUGCUUUUGGUUACAGUCAGUCUCCCAUUCUUAUGGACUCCUAAAACAUCUGUCGCUGCUAACAUGAUAUUUUGAGUUAUGGUUAUUGAAACCUCAUGUGAAGAUUUUUUUGCUACACAUGAUAUUUUGAUAUUCACACUAUGACCAAAUUGUGACAUUCUAAUUCAAUGCUGAUUUUCAAAAAUAAAUGGGCAAUUUUUUCACACAACAGCAACUUUAUGUUAUGUUAAGCUACAUUUGAAUGCAUACUGGUUAAACCAAGACCAUAGUGUAUGCAUGUAUUAUUGGUAUUACAGUAUAAUAAAUUUAUUACAUAGUCAUCA